AUGGUCAAUCGAUGGAACAAGGCUAUCGCUGUUGGGCUCCGGCACAACCACGACAUUUCCUUCAUUGCGACGCAGCGCAAGACCAUGGCCCUUAUGUAUUAUGUCACGAACUACGCGACGAAGGUGGAGGACCCGGUGUGGAAGCGUGUGGCGGCCGCGGCCGAUCUCCUGGCCGCCUCAACGGGUGACGGCACGGCCAACGGAGGACAGGACGACGGUGGAGGUGCUGUCGAGGUCGUCGCUCAUCUUCUUGGAUAUCCGGCCGAGUUCACCAACAGCAGCGCCUGGGCGUACCUGAACACAUCUCUGCUGUACUGGGAAGUCUUUCGACGGUGGCCGUAUCUCCGACGAGCAAGUGGCGCGGCGGCCAUAGAUGAUACUCUGGAUGAGUCGGUGCUCAGACGGCCGGGCAAGCAUGCUAGCGUCUGCCUCGAUGGCUACCUAACCAAGGACUUCGGCCACGACGACGACGAGUCGUGCCACCGGAGGGCAGCCGUGCAGCAUCUUGCGCUAUUUGUGCCGUGGGAGUCCUUUCUGUGCGAAGAAACAGCCGAAGACGCAAAGCGCGACGCCAAGCAAUGGGCGGCCUCAUCCGGCGAUGGCGAUUCCACGGUCGCCCACGUCGAGGAGGGCGAGACAGGCGAGGCGGGCGCAGAAUUUGCAGCGACGUAUCGGUCCAACAACAUCGGAGACGCAACGCGCCUGAUCGACGUCGUCCGAGGCGCAGUGGGCACGAAUCAGGUGACGGCCAAGUCGCCGGAGCUCAUGGCAAUGAUGCGGCAGCUCUGUCGAUUCCAGCAAUCGGCGCUCUGCUCAACGGCCGAGCUCGAGGCCAUCGCGAUUCCCGAACAAGGGUUGAGGUGCAUAAGCAUGCCAGGGCGGGUAUUUUCCGGGGCCGCACUACCGCCGCAGGAUCAGGUCAAGGCUAUCAAGUCGCAGCAGAUAACGAUCGCCGAGCUGCGUUGCGGAGGUGAUGACCGGCUUCGGGAGGACGACGUCGAAAUGACGACAGCCGACUCCGACGAGACGGCUAGCGACGCAGAAGCGGGAAUGCGCGUCCAGCUUGGCCCAUCGACCUCCUUCUUCGCGGCGGGCAAGGAGUUGUCAACACGGCUAACGCUGAACAAGAGGCAGUCGAUCGCUUUCCUAAUAAUAUGCCGCCAGCUCGAUUUGAUGCGACAAACGAAUAGGGGCGAUGCCGGCCAGCUCUGCCAGUUCGUCGGCGGCGAGGGGGGCACCGGCAAGUCGCGGAUCAUUGGGGCACUCGUCGAGCUGUUCAGUGGGAAGAGCCUUUCGAAUCGUCUGCUGAUCACGGCGACGUCAGGGACUGCCGCGGCGCAGAUCAACGGCAUCACGAUCCACUCCGCCUGCGGGUUCACUAAAGACCAAGGGGCGGGCGGCGCGAACACAGCCAAGGACCUUGACGGGGUGCGGCUGACAAAACGGGCGGAGCGGUUCAUCCACGGCCAGUCUCGGAUGGACUGGCAGGAGAAGGACGUGCUUGUCAUCGACGAGAUUUCGGGGAUCCCCAUCGUCCUCUUCUGCGGAGACUUUCAGCAGUUCCGGCCGGUCCAAGAGAGGUCGAUCGUCCUGCCGAGCGCGGCCAUCUCGUGGGACGUAGACAACUCGUUCAAGGCCGAGCAGCGGCACCAGCACGACAAAGCGCACGCGCUGUGGAAGAGAUUCACGACGGUCGUCAUGUUGAACGAGCAAAUGCGCGCCGCCGGUGAUCCGGAAUUGCAGGGGCUGCUGAAGCGGAUCCGGCAGGGGCAGGCGGAUCCUUGGGAGACUGGCAUCACCGUGGUGACGCCGCUGAACAGGAAUCGGUGGAACCUAAACAUGGAGGCAAGCUUGGCGUUCCGGGUCCAGCAGCGGUCGACGAUGCGCAUCUUCAUCUCCGAGCACAAGUGGAAGGAGGGCCUGCCGACCGAGGAAGAAGCGAUCAUGGGGCUGAAGCUGGUGAACGGCGCCGGCUACUCGGCGGUGGAGGUCAUUGUCGACAAGGCGUCCCCAGGGCAUCGAAUCUCGUCCGACAUGACGAUCCACUUCGGGCCGCCGGCGGGAUAUUACUGGAAUCGGCGACGACAAAGGACCUCCACUUCGUCGGGAUGCCGCCGGGCACGAUCUUGUUAA